UGCCUCAGUUUCUCCCACACUCGCGCAUUUCAGCCCCUUGAUCCACGCAAUGGCUUCGAUGCUACCAACUCGGGCGGCCAGGACCAUCGCCUGUUCCGCAUGCCGUACCUUCACCACCCCCGGCACAAUUGGAUCCGCCUCUCUCCUCCGACGUGGUUUGUCGACAUCAACGGAGGAGACGCCGGUCGAGUACGCAGACAAGCCUCGCUGGUCUUAUACCCCGCCCCGUGCGAAGGCUCCCUUCAGCCUGCGAUUGAACAGCAAGAGCCAUGAUUUCUCGGUCAACACCGAUCCGGACGUUCUGGACCAAUUCUACAUCCGCAUGCUGGGUAGUGGCGGCGACAAGCUCCUUUCGGACGAAGUCAAGUGGCUUGCUGUGACGCACAAGAGUUUUGACCAGGGUCGGAGAGGGUUCAAUGAUCGCCUGGCUUUCUUAGGAAAGCGGAUUAUUGAGUUACAGGCUUCGCUGGCCUUGGUGCAGAGCCCUGGAAAUGCGGCCACCACUGCCACCCCCGAUGCUUUUGAUCGUCAGCCCUUCACGCAUCCGGCGCUGGAUAACUUGAACAACCUCUCCCCUGAAACUAAGAACCUCAUGACGAGCAAGUCGAAGCUUGCGGAGCUUGCGCAGAAGUACGAGUUGGCGAAGGUCGUGAGAUGGAGACCUCGGAAGCCCAACAAUCUUGAGAGCUCCGGAAUCGACCUUGUCUAUGCCCAUACGAUGUAUGCAGUUAUCGGUGCUAUUUCUCUGGAGAAGGGCGGUCACAUUGCCAACAAGAUGGCCCGCGAGCGGAUAUUAGAACCCUUGGGCUUCAAGGUAACGGCUUAAGUCGGAAUUUCUUCGUUGGGAAAUGGCCGCAGGAGCAUUUCGAGGCGUUAUCUCCUUUUCGCUUUCUUGUCUUUUUUAUAUCUGUAUGUGUUGGGGGUUCUGGUCAUCCACCAUAUAUGUACUUUUACUACGACCAUGUCUUAUAUUGAUUGAUAUUCGAAUACCAAUCCCUUUGAACGUCAGA